CGCAAAAUUAGACACUCAUUAUCUAUUAGUUCCAGUAGGUUGAAUAAAGAAGCGACCUAUUUCAAACAAUCAAUCAACGAUUCCUCGUUUUAAGAUAGAAAUAGGUUAUGACAGUUGCAAAAACCAUAAACCUAAAGAUCCAAUAGCCACCACUCUCCGUUGUACAACCAAAUUUCUAUCUCAAGAGGCAUAUAUUCAACCAAAAAUUCAAUUUCUAAUCUUCCUUCUACAACUUCAGUUAUUGAUGAACUCCAUUCUAUUCGCCAUGAAUUGAUAUCGGAGUUGAAAUCUUCUACUCGCUCAGCUUAAAAUCCCCAACAAUAAACCGUAGUGCCAAGAGAUACCUGAAGAUUGAUUUUCAAUGACAGUCUUGUACUGGGAAGUGAAAGGCGCAAACUAUUGCACGAUGGAUGAAAUUUCGGAGGAAGUUAUAAAGAGAAAAGAACAAAGAUAAAAAAACACAAAUUUAAAUUUAAAUUGAAAAAUGCAAGGAUACAACAGUAGUUACAUAAUUAGUUUCUUCCAUGUUGGCCAAUUACCCAUUUACCUUUAGCAAAAAUUAAGGAGAGAGCGGGAAUUUAAAAUUGAGAAAAUUACAUGAAACUUUACUAUGAAAAUAGAAGUAUCAAGCUCGAUAAAAAUAAAUACGGUAGACUUAGUGAGCUUGCUAAUUAUGAUAAAAAGUCAUCUGAUUUUCAGAGAUUAACUUUGUCUAUUUUUUUAUAAAAAAGAAUGCAAUAAAUUUGUUUAGUGUAACUGGUUGUGAUUAUUAUCUUUGUUUGAAGAGACCCGGGUUCAAACCUUGAUAUUGCUAUUUUUAUAUGAAAUAAAUAAUAAAUGUGUAAAGACAAAAAUGACCUUCCUACUUUCACUCUCGUUGUAGGAAAUUUGAAAUGGAGAAAAGUACACAAAACUCUAGGGAUGGCAAUGGGUCGGGUCGGGGGCGGAUAGUCCAUAUCCGUUACCCUACCCAAUGUAGUUCGGGUUUUACCCAUACCCGUACCUAUACGAGAAACGGGUAGAAAAUCAAAACCAUGCCCAUACCCGUUCCGGUUUCGGGUAUCUACGGUUAUCCAUGGGUAAUAAUUUCUCCUUAUAAUUCCAACCAAUAUGUUAAAAAUUCACACGUAUACUCACAUGACGUAAGAGGAAAAGUACGACAAUAAUUCACUAGAAUGACGAAAAUUAAUUAAAACAACAUAAUUUCAUAAAAAUAUUAUAUUUAUAUGCUAAAUAUAAAAUAUUCUAGAGAAAAAUAAUGAUUAUUUCUAGACAAAAUAAAUAUGCAUGUGUAUAAUCGGGCGGGUUCGGGUUGGAUAGUGAGAUAACCAUGCCCACCCAUUACCCGCAACAUUCGGGUUCGGGUUUUACCCGUACCCACGAAAAAUGCUUCGGGUUCGGGUUUUGUCCUACCCGAUUAGGUCGGAUUCGGGUGGAUAUCCACGGUUACGGAUAUUUUUGCCAUCCCUACAAAACUCUACCAUAUAUUAAUGGAGGAUGCUUUUCAUACAGAAACUGAAAAAGGAUAAUUUAAUUAAAAAUAAGUAAAUUACCGAACAGGCCACCAAACUUUGGAUGUCUAAUAAAUUGGUCACCGUUGCCUAAUUACGGGGUAUCCCAAUUCCCAGGAAACCAAACCACAACGAUGUCGUUUUAGAUUCUCCGUGUAAGCCGGGAAACCUUCUUCCUCAGUCCGUCAGUCGCGCAGUGAGCAGUGACUCCUCUCGUCUCGCCAUUGCAAACUCCUCGCCUCCCCGGACUCCGCCGCCGGAAAAACCUAUAACUGCUCCUGUCGGUAAGAAUCGUUUUCCACUCCUGCCUUCUCUUCCCCUUCUUCACUUCAAUCCUCUAUCAAGUAUAACACUUGCAUAUGAACUACAUUUCUCUUUUGUUUCAUCAAAUCGAGGAGGCAGCUCAACUGAUAUAGCAAUGAGUAGCUCUGCGCGGAUACUGGAGAGCUAUUCUUCGUCUCCAGUUCGUCACGGGAGCUCUCGUCUGGGGAAAGGAAGGUCACUACACUGUUUGCUAAAUCGCUGAGGCGAGUAGCACUAAUUCUCUGCUCUUGUUCCGACUUCCGAUUGAUCUGAUUGAGAUUUAAGGCAGUGAUCGUCUCUCCGGUAUGGGAUUCGAGCAUUAUUGAAUCUGCCAUGCUAUGAUUGUCUCUCAGAUAUGGGAUUUGAGGCAGAAAGUGUAAAAUUUUUGUUCGUAAUUUCAAAACUGAUUACCAUGCUAUGAUUCUCUUUCAGGUGUGGGAUACGAGCAUUAUUGAAUCUGCCAUGGCUGCUUUCUAUAAUUCGGAUCUCACAACCAUGAUUAACUCGAUUCAGAGUAAUAUAACGGUAGGUUUCUGUAGCACUAACUGUAAUGGCAUAGUAGUAUCUAAUUGUCUUUGCACCUUCAUUUGCUUUCCUGAUAUCGGUGUCUCAUAUCUCAUGAACUUAACAGGACAAUCAACUGCAGCUGUGGGGAGACUGUGAGGGGAAUCAAACAGUCUAUCCAAAUGUGUAUGUGCUUCUCUAUCUAGUGGCACUCAUAGCUGUCGUUAUCUGCAUCAGAUGUUCUUUCAUGUUGCUUUCUGUCUAUGAAUUGGUCAAAAUGUAUGAAAACAUUAACUGGCUAGCUUACUAUUAAGAUAUGAGAAAGCCUAGUUAAGGCAUAUGUGACACCCUCUGCUUAUAUAAGACCUGAUUUUUCAGCAUGGAUUAGUUUUAACUUGAACUUUUCAUUUGAAACUUCAUUAGAUGAACUUACAUGUUAAAUGUACAUGCUGUAGAGAACCGACAUCAUGCAUCUCUUAGAAGAUCAGACAUUGGCGAUUUGUAGAUUCUUCUUUGAACUACGCAGGUUUGCUUCUGAAAGUAUCAGUUUGGCGUGCAAGUAUGCAUACAGGAAUGCUACACCAGGAAGCACCCUGACUGGUAACUCCUAAAUUAACUAUUGUUGACCAUGCACAUGAAACAACAAGAGCCCAACAUAUCUUUUAAGCUACCAAGUUAUACGUGGAGGCAUGCUGAUCUAAAAUAGUCAUGUUUUGCAAAAUGCAUACUUGUUCACACGAUAUCAUGUUCUUCAACCAACAUCUCACUACUUGAGUUGGCAAUAUGCUUCAUUUCAUUGUGUAAUCCCUCCUUUUUAUGCGUUAUACAGAUGAGUACUUCCUUUCUCGGCUGCCUAUUGUGUAAGAACGGCUGGCCCAAGCUGGUGUCCGUUUGGCUGCUACCCUCAACGGCAUCUUUGCUUCCAAAGUACAAAUUGCUGAGUCACGAAGAUAAAGCCCAUCAUGGGAUAAGAAAGGAAGCUACGAUGAGAGUCCAUAUUAGAUGACAGGUGUUAGGUAAUUGUAGUUCAGAUUUCAGAGAACAAACAACAUAUGCAGUAUGAUCUGUAUCUGCAGCAUUAUUGGGCGCCUCUCAUAGGUUAGGCAGGCUAAUCAGUGAGCCCUUAGCUACUAUCUAUUGACUUCCCUUCUCAAAAUCUCACAUGGAAUGAAAAAUUCCUGUAGAAUAUGCUCUGUCCUGUUGUAUUGCUUAGGAUGAAUGUCAAACUUAAAGGACACUCAAGAUAAGGGGAAGUUGAAUCUUGUACUCAAUGAUAACCUUUUUAUUAAUAGGACAUAUUGACUGUCAUCACAUGUUCAUUGCUGUACCCUUAUUGUAUAUAACUGCUUGUGCACAUAUGUAACUGAAAUUUUAGUUUGCCUGAUUUCUUCUUUUUGUAUCUUCUUAGUUAUUCUGUGGCAGGGAAGCAUUUGGCCACCUGGUGACUUGAGAAAGGACAGAAGAAAACCCCUUGAAGAGAAAUGCGGCCAUUUGGUUUACUUCUGUUAAUAGCUCUGGCCGUGAUCUUGGUGCCUGGAGCUGUGAGCUGGAGCAAGGAAGGUCACAUGAUAACAUGUCGAAUUGCACAGAAUCUGUUGAAGCCGGAAGCAGCCCACGCCGUGGCCCAACUGUUGCCGGAAAAUGUGAACGGCGAUUUGUCAGCGCUCUGCGUCUGGCCGGACCAAAUCCGGCAUUGGUAUAGAUACAGGUGGACCAGCCCACUUCACUUCAUCGACACCCCUGAUGAUGCCUGCACCUUCGACCAUUCAAGGGACUGCGUUAAGGAUCGUUGCGUAGCGGGUGCGAUUCAGAACUUCACCUCUCAGCUCUCACACUACAAAGAAGGCAGCACGGAUCGACGAUACAACUUGACAGAAGCGUUGCUCUUCUUGUCGCACUUCAUGGGUGAUAUUCACCAGCCUCUUCAUGUUGGCUUCACGUCUGACGAAGGCGGCAACACCAUAGACCUGCGCUGGUUCCGCCACAAAUCCAAUCUCCACCAUGUAUGGGAUAGGGAGAUCAUCCUUCAAGCUCUCAAGGAUUACUACGACAAAGACGUCGACCUCCUCCAGCAAGCAAUCGAAGGAAACUUCACGGACGGUUUAUGGCAUGACGAUCUGCUGUCGUGGAGAGAUUGCGACGAUCUGCUGGAAUGUCCUGACAAAUAUGCAGUGGAGAGCAUAACCAUAGCUUGCAAAUGGGGCUACAAAGGCGUCAAGGAAGGUCAAACUCUAUCAGAUGAGUACUUCGAGUCGAGGAUGCCAAUCGUGAUGAAACGAAUCGCGCAAGGUGGAGUUCGGUUAGCUAUGUAUCUGAAUACCCUUUUUGGGAACCCUGACAACGAGCAAGUAGCUGCUGGCUUCGCUUCCCCAACAUAAAGAAGGACGGAAGUAAGGAAUUCGUUUGGUGAAAAUCAAACUAAUCUAACAACUCCAUGAGGUACAGUGAUCUAAUUAACUACUCAUCAUGAGGUGUGGAGGGAUUAGCGAAUUUAACCAAGCUUGAUUUAUAAGUGUGACUUGCAUUAGGGGAAACAAAAGGUGAAGUAUAGUGAUGAAAUAAAGAGGGGGUGAAAACCUACCCAUGUAAAUUUGAUUACCUUUUACCAGUUUAUUUUUUGUGAUAAAAAAAACAGUUGAAUGUAACAUAUGACUGGGACAAGUACUUGAAUUUGGAAUGAAUGAUUGAGCAGUGAUGUAUGAGUAACAAAAAUUAUCAAUUUUUCAUUUACAAAUAGCAUAUACCAUAAUGGCAGUAAUAUCCCGCAUUAGUGAAUUCUUUUGGUAUUGGACUGUAAUUUUUCAACGUUCCUAAUAUAUUUUUUUUUUUAUCAUAACGAAUUUCAUUUAGUUAGUGUUGAUGUACACAAAUUUCAUGAUAUCUCAUUUAGUCAACCACAUUGAUGAAUAGAAGUCUAAAGGCUAAAUCAGAUCGCACGGUGACAAACCCCUACAUUUUUUGUUGCGUACUCUCCGCGCAUUCGCGAAAAGAUUGGUUCGCAUUCUACGAUCGUAAUAAACUUCGAAAACAAAUUAAUUUAUAUGAAAAUGAAAAAUGAUUUGAUUCAUCACAUAGAUUCGAGUGUUAUGUUCACGGGGGCUCCAGCUCUAACACGCUCAACAUAAUGAAGUAAUAGAACGAUAGAAAGAUAAUAAAAACGCCCAUAAACUAGAUUCGAAAGCGGAACCAGAAAGGGAUGUGGAUGAAAUUCCAACCAGGCAACAAUUCAUGCGAAAACCACAAGAGAAGCCCGCAUACAGGAAGUUGGUUAGCACUUAGCACUAGCUGACCAAAAAUGAAGGUUUUGAUUCAAAAUUCGAACCCACGGGUACUCACUCUACCCAAACCGGUCAACGCGGGUAAAAUUCGUGUUGAUGGGUUUUGAGCCGGGUUCGGGUUUAAACCCGCUACACUAUCACCGGGUCGGGUUGGGUUUGGGUUUAGGUAAACCCGACCCAUGGGUAUCCGCCCACACACAUAUAAUUACUUUCCCGGUAUAUUUAAUAUUCUAAAUAAUAUAUUUUCCUUAAAUAAUUAAUAUUCUGUAUGUUUGUGGAGACAUGUAUAAUUUUUUCUUUCUAAUUGUUUAGAAUGAAGUUGAUAUUAUGAAGUGGAGAGUGAAGAAACUUAGUUGACGAGCAAGAAGCUUUCAAUUAAUCUUUUGUUUAUAGAUGUUUAUCUUUAAUUUUGAACAAUUUGUAUUGAUCAUUUGCGGUUUGCUUGUAUGCUCUAGAUUGGUGUUUUUUUAUAUGAUUAAUUUGUACGAGAAAAUUGAUGUUAAACUUUUAUUUUGAAAGAAACUUGUUAUUGUAAAUUUUUUACCACAAAAAACCCACGGGUACCCAUGAACCCGCGGAUACCCAGCGGGUUGGGUUGGGUUUGAGUUUUUCAAACCCAACGGGUUUUACCCCGGGUUUUUUUGGCGGAUAAACCCAUGGGUUUGGGUUUGGGUUUGACAAAACCCGCCCCCAACCCGACCCAUUGCCAUCCCUAGUUUUGAUAUGUCUGGGAUUUUAAAAACCAUGAAUAUGUAAAGGUUUUGGUUUUGGUUUUAUAUAAAAAAUACCAUUGUUUGUUUCAUAGAUUUCAAACUGGAUUUUAUAGAUUUGUAUGUAUGAAGUACUGCAAAUCUUUAUUGUUCUUAUUGGUAUGCAAGAAAAAGAAAAUGGGAGGGGUAGAUGGGUCAUAAAUCAUGGACUUUGAAGUCCAUGAUCAAUUCCCACCCAAAGGGGUUGGAUUUUCAAGUUCGUGGGGUCCACGGAUUUGGACCUUCAAACUCCGUAGGUCCCGCGAAUUUGUUGCCCCUAAUAAUUAAUUGAAACAAGUAUCAUAAAAUAAAUAUGAAAUUAAAAG